ACGUGACCCCUUAUCGAAGAAGAACUUCGUUGUUCAUAUCAUGUGUAGUCCGUACUUUGGCAAUUGUUGGCGGUUGAAAUACAGCAGAGUUGUCGACGCAGCCAUCCACAGAAUUAUUCCACUGCGUAAGGAAACUCGGUCCUAUAGACUACGACGUCCAGGUUAAAACAGCGAUCCUCCUAGGCCAAAGAAGUCGCCACAUCUCCAAACAUUAAGAACUGUCAAUUUAUACCACCAUGCGACUUCUCUCGAGCUGUUUCACUCUGCUGGCAGCAACAGCCCUUGGAACAAAUGCUCUUGAAGCUUCUGUGUUCACUUUCGACUCAACAAACGAUGGGUCUAUCUCAAAGACCACGGUUAUAUCCGACAGCACUUUGCGCCAACUAUUGGAGCUUCGAACACAGUCAUCCACACUGUCAACACUAGGACAACCAGACGAAAGCACUCUUAAACUUCUGAGCAAUUUAGGAGGAGCCUCAAGCCCUUUGUUUAGUGUCCCCUUGGGAGAUGGCUUAAACAAUGUUCUUGUUAUGAUUGAGGCCAUAACUGAUGAGGUUGAAUCAUCAAUCCGAAGAGAAUACCAGGGCGAAGUUACAGUCGCAUCUUUUCCGAGCCUCCUUACCAGGGAUUCAUUUUUUGAUUCCUUGCUCCAAGCCAGCCCAGAGGGCAUCCUCGGUCCCGAUAGCAAACGGUGUGAAUUUUACCUCGACAUUGAGGUAGAAUCUGCAGUAUCAAAGGAUACGAAGCUCUGUACUCCCACAGACGUUGAACUCCAAACUCUGCCUCGCCUCUUCGGUGAUGAACUAUUAAGUCAGAUUUCCAUGGGCGAAUCCCAGAUUGACGAGCGCACAUCCACUGCGGUUUUUCGGCUCGCUUUCAAGAUGGUUCGCACAAUACAGCCAGAGAUUCGUCCAUCAACCUCCAUCCUCUUGAAAUCUUUGUUCAGCGACCUUUCAGCGCUUUCUUCGGAUAAUAGAAGGGUCACGGCAGUAGUGUUGUCAAACUCAAAGCAAUCUAAAACUGGCCAGCCCAUUAUGAGACGGGAUUCGCUAAACUCGGCCAACAAAGCGCAACUCGCAGCCUUUGAUCAAAGGACAAAGAGCUCCCUUGCUCUAACGCCACUUUGUUAUGCGUCGAAUUCAUCUUGCAAUGAAGCCACAAACACAUGCUCUGGGCACGGAUCCUGUUAUAGGAAAUCGGGGUCAGAAAAUGACCGGGGUGCCGGCGACUGUUACGCAUGUCAAUGCUAUGAAACUAUUGUCAAAGGUGCGGAUGGUAGUGAGCGUAGGGUGCAGUGGGGAGGGUCAGCUUGCCAAAAGCGGGAUAUAAGCUCUCCGUUCUUCCUGAUUGCUGGUGUCGCUGUAGCAGUGGCAGUUGCAGUCAGCACAGCGAUCGGGAUGAUAUAUCAAGUCGGAAAUAGCGAACUGCCCGGUGUGAUCAGUGCUGGGGUAGGAACUGUUAAGGCUCAAAAGUGA